UACUCCACCGACAUCCCGCCCACGGGUACUGUUGACUUCAUUGGAAGCUGCUACUUCACAGAAAUCUGCAAAUGCAAACUGAAGAACAUCGCAUGCUUGAAAUGUGGUAACAUUGUAGGUUAUCAUGUGAUUUCUCCAUGCAAACCUUGCCUGCUCUCCUGCAAUAACGGCCACUUCUGGAUGUUUCAUAGCCAAGCAGUCUUUGGCAUCAACAGACUAGAUUCCUCUGGUGUCAAUGUAUUGCUCUGGGGCAACUUGCCAGAUUUGGAGGAAGGCACAGAUGAAGAUGUGUCAUGCAUCUCUGAGGAGGAGUAUAUCAGAUAACUGUUACCUACAAUAUACCUCAGUGUCUUCCCUUGUUAUGUUGCAUUAAUGU